AGAACCACGGCAUGGAGACGCCUAGUAAGCUUGAGGGAAACUGCAUCAAUCUGGAACUGGCGCUGCAACAAUAAAGGGAUAUUUGCUUUGUUCAAAUCUGACACCGGGGAUGAGGAUUGGGGUUUUUCAAAUAACAACCUUCUACCCUUCAUGAAGCUCUUAUCAAAUCUCCACCCCAAAAAAAAAAGUGUGGGCCAUUGGGUAAUGGUGGACAAAAGCGCCACUGGUAACAUUAGAACGCAUGAUAAUCUAACUUUGGAGCAAGGCCUAAUGUCUGUGCCUAACCUACAUCAAAAUGAUUCUUUUAUGAUGGAUGACAUAAACGACGACAAACCGAUUCCGGCCACUCCGAUGCUCCAUUGCACACGGGUCCACCAUAAAAGCGGUUGUUAAAGUAAUGAACCUCUGAUUAUGCCGCCUGUCGAUGCCGUCGCAUUUUUAUCUUUGGAAGACAACGGACGACAAUAUCGUCAUUUUCCUACCAGUCGUGGUCAGUUACGGUGGUCUUGCGGUCUUUGAAAAAUGUCGUUAGUUGGCCAGAGUCGUGAUCGUGGACAGUACCGAAAUCAGUACAUUGCCGCAUUGGCCGCUACUUCAUCGCUUGUGGCAUCGGUUGCUUGUGCAGGAUGGUCCUCACCGGCACUCCCUGUGCUGCGAGGUCCAAAUUCGCCCAUUCCAGUUACGCCGGAUGAAGGCUCGUGGAUUGUUUCACUACUGUCGAUCGGGUCCAUUUUUGGGCCAAUCCUCUGUGGACUUUUUGUCGAUCGCUAUGGAAGACGUCCCGUGCUGCUUUUCAGUGCGAUUCCGCUAGUGGCCGGAUGGUUAUUCAUAGGAUUCGCCGAGUCUGUCGGAAUGCUGUACACCGCUCGAUUAUUACACGGAAUCGGAUAUGGAUUAGCGUAUUCCGUCACUCCGAUCUAUCUGGGCGAGAUAUCGUCCGACGCAGUUCGAGGAUCGACUGGUGUACUUGUGACGGUGAUGGCCAAGUUGGCUUUUCUGUUCGAAUACUCUGUCGGACCGUAUGUUGGUUUCCGUGCCCUCGCCUGGAUUUCGCUAUCACUUCCAGUCGGAUUCUUUGUGCUGUUUUUCUGGAUGCCUGAAACGCCGUACUAUCUCCUAGCGCGAGGGAAUAAAAAGGCUGCCGCCAAAAGCCUGCGCUGGUUGCGUCGUAAUUCGUCCAUCGACGAGGAGUUGAAUCGAAUGGAGAAACUGGUACAGGACAGCAAGCAGAAGGGUAAUCCAUUGAGGCAACUACUGCUAACAUCCGCCAACAAGAAGAGUCUCGUCAUCAUCCUGUUGCUUUCUCUCGGAAUGCAGUUGACUGGCAUCAACGCUAUUCUUGGCUACUCUCAGACGAUCUUUUCCAGGCUGGCUCUUCCAUUAACCGCCGCCGAGCUAUCCAUUGUACUCGCCGUAGUACAGCUGGGCUCCGUCAUGUUACCGACAUUCCUCGUCGAUCGUGCAGGACGUCGGCCGUUACUACUCGCCUCCACAGCCGGGUCCUUCAUUGGGCUGGCCAUGUGCGCCGUGUACUUUACACUUGAUGAAACCACCACCGAUGUUCUCUCACCCGUACCGGGAGCCGCACAUGGAUGGAUCCCGUUCGUCGGUGUGCUACUCUUCAUUAUCUCGUUCGCCAUCGGUUUAGCCACCGUACCAUUCGCCAUUCUGGGUGAGGUGUUCCCGAAACAUAUAAAGGCAGCAGCCAACUCUGUAUUUGCGGUUAUCACGUCGGUGGUUGUGUUUUCCGUGGUAAAGCUUUUCCAGGUCAUUUCCGACGGGUCGGGAACGUAUGUUUCUUUUUGGAUCUUUACCGGUUGUACGGCCGUAACGGGUGUUUUGAUUUAUUUUGUUAUCCCCGAAACGAAGGGUCAAUCUUUUGAGCGUAUUCAGGAGAUGAUGAUGCGACCACCAACCAUUGCGGUGGUAAUGCUGUUGUUGCUGAUACCGACCUCGUCAGAAGUGGAAAUCGAUUGCAACAGUUUGCGAAUGGGACAGUACAUCUGUCCCGAUCCGACGCUUCGUCAAAUCGAUCCCAAAACGCAGCAGCUUCGCGGAUGUACGCAGGAAAACAAGGCACGCGUUUGGUGCAUCGCCGUCGACGGUAUUGUGUGCAGUGAGACGAAGAACACCAGCUUCACACGGGAGAUGCCAUGCAAAUGGACGAAUGGAUAUCACUUCGAUACAGCGCUACUGUUAUCCGUGUUUCUUGGCAUGUUCGGUGCAGAUCGGUUCUACCUAGGUUAUCCCGCACUGGGACUGUUGAAAUUCUGCACCCUCGGCUUCAUGUUUCUGGGUCAGCUGGUGGACGUGAUAUUGAUAGCAACGCAGGUCGUUGGGCCAGCCGAUGGUUCGGCGUACAUCAUACCGUACUAUGGGCCGGUCAUUACGGUCGUGCGAAGCGAUAACUGGACGUACCGGCUACCGCAGGAUAACUGGUGAUUGCUGGCCAACAUCUUCCGGCUACCACGAUGGCCCCGCACGGAACAUUAAGCUGCGAAUGACGCUUGCCUUAUCGAAAUGGGUGGACCGAUAGGAAUGGAUGAUGAGUUGAAUGAUCUCCUACAAAACGAGAAGACCACCCCGAAGUGACGUCCCUGGUUUGCUCCCGAAGCAAAAGGUGCAAAAUGUGAUACGAUAGCGGUAGUAAUGUUGUAAGUCGUUUUUUUUCUAAUACAGAAUAGAGAUGCGAAUAAAAUGUAGUUCAAUAGAGCAAUGUAAUGUUGAAAAGGAGCAAUUAAUGUUACAUGGUUGAAUUUUUAGCAUUUUGCCUAAGUUACCAAAAGUAUGAAGUAGACCAGCUAAAGGAGUUAAGGAUAAAGGUUCAGUAAAGUUAGAGUUUUUGUUCACAGCUGCAAAAAGUGCUUAGAUCAUCCUUGAGCUUCAAUUGUAGGAGCUAGUAUAAAUCCGACGGCACACGACACCAGUAACAAUUUGAUCGAUACUACAACUUCACCAGCCAUUGUAUGGGAUUGUGUUUGCCAUUUCUUUUUUUUGUUUUGUUUUGGUAUGUGCCAAUGGUAAAAGUCGUUCGAUUCGCGUUAGGUUGCGAAUUGUAGGGCAGUUUUUUAUGAUUUGUCGUGUGCACCACGGCAGAACGGAAAAACAAAAAUGAACAGUUCAAUAUGCGGUUUUUUUUUUGGUUGUUGUUAGGACGGGUUGCCCUGUCCUAGACCCUGCCCCGUGCCGAUUCGUCUCACAAUGGAGGGAAAUUGACGACUGCGUGUAUCGAUGCCGUUGUGGUUAGGAUUCGUUUGCGAACUAAAUUUAUUACACUUCUUCACUCGCAGCUUUUUUCUAAACCAGUCCGUUUGAUCCAUAUCUGUUUAGCAUCGGAACGUUGGAUGGAUUAUCCAUCGGCCGGUAGCUGACAUGUCCUUUUUUUGUCCGCGAUUUCAUUCCCUGACGGUUUGAUGGAUGGGUAUAGUGUGCCAAAUCGCUUUCACUACUUGCCGUUUCAUUUUGUUCAUUUUUUUGUUUCUAUUCGUGCUUGGACAAACGUUAGCAUUAGACGAUCAUAACAGGGUUAGCAUAAAAGAUGGCAUUGAUAUGAAGACCUCAAAGGAACAAUGAUGCACUGGGAAUGUAUUCGUUUUAUACAAUGUACAAUCGAGCUUGGUUAUUGCAGAGGGCAAACUACACAAUACUGGGAAAACUCCUGAGGACAAGCGGUAAAAAGGGCAGCCCUUUACGACCAAACACGAUCAAGGACACGUCUUGAAAGACGAUCGUGACGGCAUUCGAGAAGCGUUCCGUUUUAUAGCGAAUACAUUUUAAUCAGAAGGAAUGCAUAAUGGACCAUGUGUGUCGAAUGCAACAUGAUGAACUUGGCAAGUUCGUCGAUUCAUGUUUGUUAGUUGCUGAUUCGUAAUGAUCGGGAACUAAUCGAAUCGUUAUACGUAUAUAUAUCGACGCGUGAGUUACAUGAGUUAUGUUUAAAUGGUAUCCUUAAUAUUUAAAUGCUCCAUAAUAUCAGUUUCAGUAUAUGAAUUCCAUCCAUUUUUACCUAACCCUACUUUUUCUUAGUACUCAGGCUUUAACCCUUCUGAAUACUAACCUCCACCAAAACGGUGUCGAUAGACCUAGGCUCGGCAAUAACUGCAAACAAAAAACGCUAAUGUUGUGAAAUUCCAAUACACCCGAUACGGUUCGUAAAUUGUCUUCCAGAUGUGGCAUAAACCAUGGUCGAUGAAAGAAGCAAAAAAAAAACCACUCACCACCAACAGCACACCAAAGCGGGAAUUUAUGUAUGUCAAGAACUCGCAAACUUUGGCUGCUUUCGGAUCAAGCUCCUCAUAAGCAUACCGACAACCGGAGGCCAGGACCGAAAUUAUGUAUCUAUGUUGCCAACCAUUACCAUUCUUGGGCGGCACCCAUUCCACAGGACAUUGUGUGUUUGGCCACCAAAAAAAAAAACACGGCUAGGGAUCGGCAGUGAGUUAGGAGGGCUCGAAUGCGAAUAAAACUGUUUCACUUUUCGCGUGUCAUUUUCGGGCCAACUUUCCCUAAUCUUCCUUCUGCCGCUUUUGUUGGCGGGAACGACUUUGGUAGCUUUUUUUUUAGUCCAUGGUCAAAAUGCCGGAGGGAGAAGGAGAAGGCCCCCACCGGUGGAUUCACCGGCUACUGAACGACAUUGAAAUUACCCGUUCGAAUGAAAUGAAUGAUUUGCGAGUUGUACAACGAUGGCAGUUUCUCCACACUCACGUCCACAAAAACGGCCACUCGAACUCAACUGAAAGCGUGCUCUCCGUGAAACAUUCAAACUGU